AUGACUAAGAGAUGGAUUGGACCAUCUGAUCUGUCAACGCCAGAAAAGUAUCAAAAUGAAACACCCAACAUCCAAAGAAUCAAAAAGAAACAUCCAGAGCAUACGACUCACACAGAUGAGAAGCGAUUCAAAUCCGAAAUAUCCAAGGGAGAUUUCGUUGCGCCAUCGAGUUCACAUAUGAAGACUCAUACUAGUGAGGAGCCGCUCUCUUGUUUGGAAUACACAAUGAAUUUCACCCGAGAAAAGUAUCUGAAGGAACAUAUGAGGACUAAUGCCGGUAAGAGGUGUUCUUCUGUUCGAAAUGUACGGUAA